AUGUAUUCUAUCGUGAUCCAGUAUGUCCUAUUUAUGUUAUGUGCACAAAAUAUCGCGAGGAACAUACAAAAUUACAACAUCGAAAGAGCCAAGUUAUUGGAAGAAGAGCUCACUAUACAAGUAGGUGGAAAUAUUAAACUUAGCGAUGAAGAAAACGUUGCUAAUGAUAUCCUUAUGCAAUACAAACAAAGAGAACUUGACGAAUUCAUCCAAAACCCGAAAUAUUUCAACUUCUCACGGCACUAUUUUACGUAUAAAGAUGAUAUAGAAAAGUCUGAAGUAUAUCAGAUAAUAAAAAGGAUGCCAAAAGGAGCGGCACUACAUGUUCACAGUUCGCUAAUGCUCAGUGCGGAACGGUUAGUAGCUCUCACGUAUGAGGACCACUUAUACGCGUGCUUCGUGGACGACGAUUUAAAAUUACACUUCUCUGUCACCGUCCCCCAACGUCCUUGCUCGUCUAAAUGGCAAUUACUCGCCGAUGUACGAAAUAGUACAGAAAAUAUCACCGCCUUUGAUCAAAACCUGAAAAAACAUUUUACUUUGUAUUCUAGAAAUGAAAGUGAUUGGAAAAACGAUAUAAACUCCAACUGGAAAAGAUUUAACAAAGUUUGUCAUACCAUAAAAGGUUUUAUCGCUUACAGACCGAUACGAGAGAGAUUUUUUUAUGAGGCUUUAAAAGAGUUUUAUAACGAUAAGAUAAUGUACAUUGAAGUUAGAAGCAGUUUACCGAAUCUUUACGAAUUGAAUGGCACCGUACACGAUCUAACUCAUAUGCCUAGAAUAUACAACAAAGUAGCUAAACAAUUUAAGAAGGAACAUCCAGAUUUUAUUGGUAUUAAAUUAAUAGUAACCAUGCAUCGUGCAAAGAAUGUAGCAAAAAUGUUUGAAAUUAUUGAAGUUGCAAAACAAUUGAACACAGAAUUUCCGGAUUUGUUUGCUGGUUUCGAUUUAGUAGGCCAGGAAGACUUGGGAAAACCAUUAAUGGACUUCCUGCCAGCGUUAGCGGAAGUUGAAGGUGAGAUGAAUUUUUAUUUCCAUGGAGGAGAGACUAACUGGUACGGGAUGGCAACAGAUGAGAAUCUCCUGGAUGCUAUUCUGCUGGGCACGAAGAGAAUUGGACACGGAUAUGCGUUAAUAAAGCAUCCUUCGCUCUUAGCACUCGUAAAGUCGAGGGAUAUAGCGAUAGAAGUGAACGUGAUUUCCAAUAUAGUACUAUCUCUGGUGUCUGACGUUAGGAAUCAUCCAUUGGCUUCGUACUUGGCUCUUGGCAUGCCAGUUGUUUUAUCAAGUGAUGACCCAGGAGCAUGGGGUGCAGAUCCGUUAUCGCAUGACUUUUACAUAGCGUUUGUUGGUAUAGCUAGCAGACGCGCGGAUUUGCGUAUGCUAAAACAACUCGUAAUUAAUUCUAUAAAAUAUAGUGCACUAAACGCUGACGAUAAAACAAAAUUCAUCACUGAACUGCUUAGGGAGUGGGAUAUUUUCAUUAAAGACAUUAUAACGAACUUUAAAUAGGUUAAAUUAAAAAUAAAUGUAUCAUAAUUUAUUACAACAUAAAUUCUUAUUCUAAGUCAAUUAGCAUUAAAUAUAUUAUUAUAUUUUAGGGGUCUAAUCACAUUUAUCUACCCUUUAGUUUAACCCGAUGUUAUGACAGGAAUUGCUUUCGUCCCACGUCAUUGUAAUCACGUGCUGGCUUUUUACCUCGAUUAGAGUAAAACGUUAAAUAUUAAAGAAACUUUUAUUUUAUUAUUAGUAUUAAGCGUAUUUAACUAAAUAUAUGUAGAUAAUUAGCUAAUUUACAUUUAUGUUCGAUUGUCAAUAAACGAUAAAACUUGAAAAACA